AUGAGUGCAAACAAAAGUUCCAGCGAUGUAUUUGGUGGAAAGGUCGCUGUUUUCGGUGGUGAUUUUAGACAGAUUUUACCUGUCGUCCCCAGAGGCAGUCGUUCCGAUAUUGUACACUGUGCCAUAAAUGCAUCUUACAUAUGGCAUUCAGUUGAGGUAUUAACAUUAACAAGAAAUAUGCGGCUUCAAACAGGAUCAACACAGACUGAUAAAACUGAAAUAACACAGUUUUCAGAUUGGCUUUUAAGAAUAGGAGAGGGCCGAAUAUCAGAGCCUAAUGACGGCACCGCCAAAAUCGACAUACCACUUGAUAUUUUGAUAACAGAAUUUGAUGAUCCAAUUGUGGCCAUUGUCAAUACCACAUACCCUGAUUUCAUAAUUAAUUUUCAAUCCAUUGAUUACCUUAAAAGUCGAACAAUACUGGCCUCUACACUAGAAAUUGUUGAUCAGAUCAAUGAUCAUAUACUUAACUUAAUGCCAGGAGAAAUUCGUGACUACUACAGUGCAAAUUCAGUUGACAAGUCUGAGAUUCAUGACCCAAUAGUAGUUGAUAUCCUCACACCAGAAUUUCUAAGUUCCCUCCGAACAUCAGGUUUGCCUAACCAUCACUUAAAACUAAAGGUUGGGACACCUAUAAUGCUCAUGAGAAACAUAGAUCAAUCCGAAGGUUUGUGUAACGACACAAGGUUGUGCAUAACAAAGAUGGAAGCCCAUGUACUCGAGGCUUCAAUAAUGGGUGGUAAAGGUUUGGGAAAUUUGGGUUACAUACCUUUAAUGGACAUGUCAUUAUCCCAAUCACCAUGGCCAUUCAAACUGAAUAGAAGACAGUUCCCUAUUAUAGUUUCCUAUUCUAUGACAAUCAACAAAUCACAGGGACAGUCAUUGGAUAACGUCGGUUUGUACUUACAAAGAGAUGUAUUUACACAAGGCCAAAUUUAUGUUGCAUUGUCAAGAGUAACAACAAAAAAGGGAAUCAAAAUAAUGAUACAUGAUGAAGAAAAGAAAUCCAGGGGAAAACUACAAAUGUUGUGUAUAAAGAGAUUUUUAACAAUGUCUGAGUUUCAAACAUUUAUCUCAGUAAUUCUGUAA